ACCAAAACACUUAAACUUCUGGUCCAUUUUAUCGGCCUCGGUUAUCUCGUCUGCUCCACUAUCCAAUCAAAACAACACAGAUACAGAGAGAUAGUGAGACUUAUCGAGAGAGCUGCUUCCAAGAAUGUCGAUGCUCAUGGCGGUCAAACCCACUUCCCUAUGCAACACCUUAAACCUUACGGCUUCACCGAGAUCCCCACGCACCAAUCCUCGCGCGGCGAGAUUGGUUAAUCCGACGGCGAGGAUCCAAACACGUAUCCAUCGUCUGAUCCAAGACCAAGGCAUUAUCCUCAUGCCUGGAUGCUACGACGCGUUGUCAGCCGCCAUCGUGCAGCAAACCGGAUUCUCCGCCGGUUUCAUCUCCGGUUACGCUCUCUCCGCUUCUCUUUUGGGUAAACCGGACUUCGGUUUGCUAACUCCACCGGAGAUGGCUGCGACGGCAAGGUCGGUCUGUGCUUCGGCUCCAUACAUACCCAUCAUUGCAGAUGCUGACACUGGUGGAGGAAAUGCACUAAAUGUCCAAAGAACUGUAAAGGACUUGAUCGCAGCUGGUGCUGCUGGUUGCUUCCUUGAGGACCAAGCAUGGCCAAAGAAAUGCGGUCAUAUGCGUGGGAAGCAAGUUAUCUCAGCCGAAGAACACGCUGCCAAGAUAGCAUCAGCACGAGACGCUAUAGGAGACUCUGACUUCUUCCUUGUCGCGAGAACAGACGCACGUGCCACUUCUGCUAAAUCAGGGCUCGAGGACGCCAUUGCGCGUGUCAAUCUCUACAUGGAGGCGGGAGCGGAUGCUUCCUUUGUGGAGGCACCGAGAGACGACGACGAGCUCAAGGAGAUAGGCAAACGCACAAAGGGUUUCAGAGUCUGCAACAUGAUCGAAGGAGGAGUCACGCCGCUGCACACGCCCGAGGAGCUUAAGGAAAUGGGGUUUCACUUGAUUGUUCAUCCCUUGACCGCGCUCUACGCUUCGGCUAGAGCGCUGGUGGAUGUUCUCAAGACUCUUAAAGAAAACGGAACCACGAGAGGUCACUUGGAGAAGAUGGCUACUUUUGAGGAGUUCAAUAGUUUGGUGGAUUUGGAGUCGUGGUUUGAGCUCGAGGCUCGUUACUCGAACCUUAGGAACGCUCUUGGGACGACUACAAAGUCAUGAAGAGGGUGCUGCUACUACAGAGCCACAAGUGUUGUUUUUUCUUUGAUAUGUCUCUUCUGUUUGCUAAUUUCAGAUGAUUGUUUAAGCAAUAGUCUCAUCAAUAAGACAAUAAUGUGACUUCUGCAGUCGUACAGAAGUUCGUAUUUUCCUAGA